GACGUUCUAACACUAUUGCGGGGUUGGAUGGACCACAGCGGGGAGGGUUUGUGGGUGAUGCCUGGGUCCCCCGCCCACUGAGGAGAUGGAUGAGGACGGGCUUCCUCUCAUGGGGUCAGGCAUUGACCUGACCAAGGUGCCAGCUACUCAACAGGAAAGAACGGCGGCAUUUCUAAACCAGUUUGUGGUGCACACUGUGCAGUUCCUCAACCGCUUCGCCACAGUCUGUGAGGAGGAGCUGGCAGACCUUUCUCUUCGUAUCCAGCAAAUUGAAACAACUCUCAAUAUUUUAGAUGCAAAGUUGUCAUCUAUCCCAGGCCUAGAUGAUGUCACAGUUGAAGUCUCCCCUGUAAGUGUCCCUGGAGUCACAAAUGAAACCACUUCAGAGCCAUCACAGCAGAACAGUUUACAAGAAUCUGGACCACAGGAAAGUGAAGUAACAGCAGAAAAUAUCUUAACUGUAGCCAAGGAUCCAAGAUAUGCCAGCUAUCUCAAAAUGGUUCCAGUGGGUGUCCCAGUGAUGGCAAUAAGAAACAAAAUGAUAUCAGAAAGACUAGACCCAGAUCUUCUCAAGAGGCCAGAUGCUCCAGUGCCUGAUGGCGAAGGUGAAAAAAAUGCAGAAGAAAGUUCAGACAGUGAAUCCUCUUUUAGUGACUAAGAUUAACUUUCAUAAUAAUUACAGAUAACACGUGUAGAAGUACUUUACAUCCUAUCGGAAAGAGAGUCUGAACUUGACCUCUUUUUCAAAACAACAUCAAGUGGCCAGAUAUUCACCACCAAGCUUCUUCAGUGCUAAAAUUGUAAUAAUAAUAAAGCAUUUAUAACCUGGCAAAAAAAAAAAAAA